UUCGCUGAUGUGCCUCAGGGAAACCAUAAUGGCGGCAGCGACAACUGGAGGUCUUUUUGGCAGCGGUUCGAAAAGUUUCUCUUUCGGAAGCGCUAGCAGCACUACUGGAACACCAAGUUUUGGUGCUAGUACUUCGACCGGUACUUCGGUAGGAGGAACCGGAUUUUCUGCCAUUAAACCCUUCGGAGCUUCUACCACUACGACCUUGGGCACGCCGUUUGGUUCAUCAGCGGCCUCUUCUGUCGGGGCCACUUCAGGAUUCAAAUUUGGUGCCUCAGGCCCCACUACACCUGCAACCAUUUCUUUAUUUAGCGCAGCGAAAACCACGGCAACAGCUCCCACUUUGGGAGCAUUUGGACAAACCAGCCAAUUAGGACAAAGUAGUGGUUUUACCAUAGGGGCAACACCAGCAUCUGGUGCAACAUCUGGCCUCAAUCUAGGAAGUAGUUUGUUCAAAGGAAAUACUGCAACCACAACCACAACAACAUUGCUUGGGAGUUCUUCAACUGGUGUUGGGUUGGGACUAAGUACUAGCACGGGUAUUGGCACAUUUACAGGUUUCAAUGCAGUAAAAACUAUGGCAUCCACAAGUACCUCAGCCUCUACCACUCUUACUGGCCUGGGUGGGACUGGUACUAGUACGAGUGGUGGAGUCACGGGCACAGCUGGCAACGUCACAGGGAGGGAGGGUGACGUAAAAGAUACACCUUUGCCUAAUCCUUUGAAUGAAAUUGCAGAGCACAUCAAAAAAUAUGUCAAAGAACAAAAAGAAUACAAAGAUGAGAUUUCCAGAGCAUCAGGAAGUUUAUUAGAUAAAGUAAGAGAAGAAACCAUUGCCCUUAGACAGGCUUUAGCCCUGGUAUCUAACAGUAUUCAGCGAGAUGGAUGUUCUGUGGAAAACCUCAAAAUUGAUGUAUCCCAGGAGCUGAAGAAUGCUGAAAUUGCACAAAGAACCAAUGAUAUUCCUCAACCCUUACAACACGAGAAUGUGGCACCUCAGGAGUAUUUUCAGCGCUUGGUGGAGUCAUUUGAAGAAAGGAUGUUGAUGUACAGGAAACAAAUUGAGAUUAUGGAGAGCCAUCUUGCUUCCAUGUCCCAAGGGCAAACAUUGACCCCACAAGAUCUUUCUGAGGUUAUGCACAAAGUGCAUGAAACAUUUAUCGCUCUGGCAGCCAAACUACAUGAAAUCCAUGAAGCUGUGAAGUUGCAAAAAGAACAUUACCUUAAUUACAGAAGGGCUUACUUAAAGGACAGUACAGAUAUUUUCUCAAGCAGUUCAAAGGAUUUAUCAAAGACCAGUACAGAACUUAGCCUUGGCCCCAGUCCUUUCAGGGUAUCAUCCAACAACUCAGCCUUGGGUGUGGUAGCUACGGCAAAUAUGGCAGCUCCAACAUUUGGCCUUAACACUCUUCAGACAAAUACAACAGGUCUAGCAGGAUCUUUAGGAGCUACAGGAACACCUUCCCUCAGUAAUCCAUUUGGGACCACGCCAGGACUUGGUGGUACUAAUAUAACAGGAGCCAGUACAUUUGGGUCAUCCCUAGGUGCUGGUACUUUAGGAACCACUGGACUUGGUGCCUCUACAGGUCUCUCUGGGGGGUUUGGCACCCCAUCUCUAGGGGCUCCAUCAGGAGGAGCUUUUGGCUCCACAGGGACAGGCCUAGGAGGCAGCACAUUUGGUGCAGGGACAUCAGCAUUUAGUGCACAACCUAGGUUUCAGCUUCAAAGGCCGCCAGCUGGGAACAAAAGAGGGAAAAGGAGAUAAAAGAAUGGCUGUGAAUAGUUGGAGUGAGAAAAACUAGAACCAAGCCAUAUAGCUUGCAUUAAUUGACCUUUGCUUAUUUCUUAGAUUGUUGUAGUCUCUUUUGAGUACUGAAGUUAAAACAAGAGCAUAUUCUCGCCACAUAGUGGUUAUUCUCUUCUGCUCAUAGAUGUGUACAAAUAUGCGAAUGUAUGUUUAAGAUGUCUGUCCAUUCCUGGACUUUUGAUUCCUUUGGUUGUUUGUAGUGAAUACUGCUAAUCUCUUUUAGCUAGUUGGCAUUAGAACAUAGAUUUGUAAUUUUUCGUAGAAAUAUUUAAUUUUCUCUAAUCAAAGGUACUCUUUUUUUCUCUACUUCCCUGACUUCAUUUACACUUUUCACACUUCCCCAAAAUAAAAAGAGUUCCUGUUUA